AUGACACGCUCCUUAGGCAAGAUAUUAGGAUUUCAGACUUUUGUGAAGACACUGUCUGGGCACGUGUAUAAGCCAGAAAACCAGCUGCCUGCACGUGGACGAAAUCUUUCCUCGGAAUCUGCUAACAGCCUGCACUUGAUUGAUAAUCUGCCUUCUGUAGAAAGCACGUACUACGGAAUGGAUUUUUGGAUGAAUGAGACAAACACCAAGCAUUGUGGCGCAAAAAUCCGCGCUUGUCAUGCUCUAUCUGUAAUUCUUGGAGCUACUGUGGCAUUGCUGUUGAUCUCAAAUAUCGCCACUAUUAUAUACGUAAAGCGUCGUCCAAUCUAUCGCUUAGUUCGGAGAUUAUUUGGCUCAAUGGAUGAUGAAAUGAGGGAUAAUCUCGUUACUUCCGACUAUUCUGUGGUGCAGUCAUAGGCAAUCGGAACUUACCGUCAAUUUGACCGCAUGGACUGCUCAAACGCUGCGGACCACGCGCGGCGCGGCUGAAAAGUUGCGAGAUCACGACUUGUACAAUGGCGAAUUUGUAUUGGGGCAAGCGUUUACCUCGCAGCGCCCGCUCCGCAGUGAUGUCCAGUCCCUACGGUCAACUAAUCGACUAUACUACCGCU